AUGACAGCGACAGGGAUAGCAGCCAAGAUGACAGAGAAAGUCAAGGCCAGGAUGACAGGGAUCGCCAAAGGCAUGAUGACACAGAAAGUGCUCGCUCCAGUCGGCGUGGAGGUGAGAAAAGUGACCGACAGUGGCCCGGAAUAUUUCGGCCAAUCAUCGGGGGGCAAGUUGUGGAUCAAGAAUCUAAUGAGAGCUGUUCACUGCAACCUGAGCCAGAAUGGCAUCGACCACCAGAUGUGCCCGGAGGACAUGACGUCACAGCUGGAGGAAGAGGAGGAGUCGGUGGACGCGGGGGCCGUGCAGCUGGACGACGACAGCCCGAGCUACCGGGACGCCAGCCCGCCCGUGUACCAGCGGCGCCCGCCGCCGCACCGCUCCGUCUCCGAGUCGGAGCUGUCACGGCCAGGAUAUGUGAAGCUGUCCAAGCCGGUGGCCCUGUGGACCCAACAGGACGUCUGCAAGUGGCUGAAGAAGCACUGCCCCAAUCAGCACCAGAUCUACAGCGACUCCUUCAAACAGCACGACAUCACAGGACGGGCUCUGAUGAGAUUGACAGACAGAAAGCUGGAGAGAAUGGGCAUCAUGCAGGAAGUCCAGAGGCAGCACAUCCUGCAGCAGGUCCUGCAGCUUCGCGUCCGGGAGGAAGUCAGGACCCUUCAACUCCUCACACAAGCUUCUCUGGAGUGCAGUCCAUCUUCACCGUAGCCCGACUGAGGAGGACUACUCGAGUCACAGAAGGACGCCCCACCGCCCCCCUGCCAACAUCCACCCAGGAUGCCGUCCCCUGACGUCUUCGCGGGGACAAUCUCGGCUCUCCGUCUCACUCCUUUGGUCUCCCCCCUCCCUCGUCCGAUCUGGAAAAAGAAAAAAAAGGAAAAAGAAACAUCUUCCCAGCCACUCCUGAGAAAUCUCCCACGAGUUCUGACUCGCUCUUUUUUUUUCUCCGCUCCCAGCCCAAACAAUCCCUCACAGCUUCCUGGAAAUCCGACCAAUAGUUUCCAUUACAGCCGUCCCGUCUCCAGUCAUCGCUGACCUUUUGCAGCCGAGCCUCCACCAGACCUCUCACGCUAUACCUCCUACACGCCUCUCAGAACCACUUCGCUCUCCGCUCCCUCAAGAUCCACGCCUAAAAGCACCCCCCCCCCCCCCCCCCCCCCCCCCCUCCUCCUCCUCCUCCUCCUCCCUCCCAACACUUAACCUACCCAGAAUGCAUCACUUGCCUCGGCUGGGUUUCCUUAAAAGCAUUUAAACACAUGGAUAAUCUCCGCACCACUGCCUCGGGAUUGGACGCCAGUGCGUGUGCUGAUUUGCUUUGAGGGAAACCUGAGCCUCGCAAUAAAAACUGACACCUAUAAUCCACUUCUUUAUCCAAAUGCAGCCUCUCGGCCUGUUAGUGGCGUGUCAGCAUCCUUCUUCCGCGCCCCCCGGUUCUCCUAUAUACGCCUAUUAGACCCUCAAUGGCGGCGACCCGUAACAGGCGACCCACAAGAUAUAGCCCCUCUCCUUCCCUUUGCGACCCCGCUCCGUGUUGCGGACCCCUCUCCUGCCGGGUGGACAGUGAGCCACUGUGCCCCUAAAUGUACUGUGUAUAACCGGGAAAGAAGGGGAAGGGAGUGGCUGACCGAACAAGAAAGAAGAAGAAGAAAAGAAAAAAAAGAAAGGAGCAGGAACAGCUGAAGGGCUCCGUGAACCCAAGAGAUGCUUUGACUUGAAACUCUUUGCGACCAAUGAGGAGAGGAAGAAAAGACAUCACGGAUAACAAAAGAGGCUUUCGCCGACCCUUUUUAUUGCUUUGUCUGCUCUCCCAUAUCUCCCGGCUUGGAACUAUUUUUAGAUGAGAAGUAUCUGAAAAAUAGUGUCGAAAAGGAGACGUGCUGUGAGCAAAAGCUCAUCAUGGAAAUGUUGUCUGUCAGUCUUUUAGGAAGAUUUAUCUGUGAGAGGGGGACACUCAAAGUCUCUGCUGUCGAUGUGAAUAAUGGCCACUCACUGUUGAUAUUCUAGGGAUUUUAACUGCACUUAAAAAAAAAAAAGCAUGUGUCUGCCACAAAACAAAACAGCUGUUCCUCGGACCAUCCCCUUCACCCAUCUGAGAGUAUAAAUGCUUCAUGUAGGACCCCGUAGCCACUGUAACGACCUCUCAAUAUCAGAUGCUGAUUCUGAUAUUCAUCAAAAGCUCGCAUCCACGCCGGUGUAGCAUGAGCUGUUGUCAUGGUAACAACAUAUUUCCCCUUCCUGGAUGGGAGCUGUCAAUCAGAGGUGCAUAAAAUAGCUGUUGCAGGUGGGGAGAGGGCGGUGCGGGUGGGGGGGAGGUGUCAGCGUGUGCCCCAGAGAGCCCUCAUGCUUUAAUGGGAUUCCAUUUGUACAGGAGUCCCUCCGUGUCCGGCCAUUCGUUGUUUGGAUAGCAGCUGUAGCCUAAUGCUGCGAGACCCUGUGAGCAGAUUGAAUAUUAUUGAUCAGCUCUUUGGGACGUACAGUCGGUCCUCCAGCACUACAAAAAGCCUCAAGGAGCUUGUGCGUGCGUGUGUGCACGAGUGUGCACGUGUCUCUGUGCGUGCGUGUUUGCGUGCGCGACCAGUCACAUGAGAAUGGAGUUGUUCGGGCUAAAACACAAGUGGCUAUUUCACGGUCGAGCGGAGAUGCCGUGUCCAUG